ACGGAAAAAAACAAAGUUUAGAAAAAUAAAUAAAUUUUUUUUUUGUAUUUUUUGCUGGCCAUGUGUGUGUGUGCAGCAGCGAAAAUCAAUAACAAAGCGCAAGACGCUAACAGCAGCAGAUAAAAAGAAAAAGAAAAAAAUUUGAAAAACAAGUUUUGCAGACGGACAUGGCUAUAGCGUGUCAGCUAGUCGUGCUGAACAAGAAUAUAUAUUCUCUGUGCUUCAAACAAAUUUAUAAGAAGUAAUUUACAUAUGUAUAUGUGUGUAGAUGCAUGUGUAUAAAAUGCCGGAGCGCAAUGAUAAAAACGACAACAAUUCGCCGGUACAACAAAAGCAACAGCAACAAAAACAACAAGAGCAGCAGCAAGCGGCGCCAUUGUUAAACAAUUAUCGAUAUUUGUUAUCGACAAGCAAUUAAUCAAGCGCUUGACAGAAAACCAAUUCUCGUUCUUUCUACUCCGUGUGUGCGUGUGUGCGUUUGUCUCGUGUGUGCGUUUUUUUUUUGUUCUUGUGCAUUUGUGCGCGCAGCGACGCUGACGCCAAAAAGUGGGUCGAGUUGCGCGCGUAAAUUUGGGUCGCAGCAGCCGCAGUCACCGUCGCUGUCGACGCCGUCGUCGUCGUCGUCGUUGCAGCAGUGCAUUCCAUUCGACUUCCAGUUGAACUACUAGAAAUCUACACAGCACAUAUACAAAUACACCCAGCCCCACCCCCUCACAACAGCAACAACUGCAACUACAGCAAUCCCAACCCCAACCCCAACGAGAUGUCGCUGCAAACGAAGAGGCAGCACUGCUACCUCUGCGAUCUGCCCCGCAUGCCCUGGGCCAUGAUCAAUGACUUCUCGGAGGCCGUGUGCCGCGGCUGCGUCAACUACGAGGGCGCCGACCGCAUCGAGGUGGUGCUGGACGCGGCCAGGCAGAUGAAGCGGCUGCAUCCGAGCAGCAAGCGCGCCCACGAGAACGGCGAAGUCGUCGUCCUGCAGCAGCAGCAGAGUCUGCAGCAGCAGCAGCUGAGUGGCGGGCCACAGCAUCGAGGCGCUCCGAGCACAUCGACAGGUGGCGGGCCAGGCCCGUUGUCGCUGUCACAUCAUCAUGCCGUGGCGGCCGCUUAUCAGAUGCCGCGCAUCGGUCCACCGCCGCCGCCGCCACAGCAGCAGCAGCAACAGAGCAGCGGCGUCAUGGACUUUCCCGUUAAGUUGGAGUCGGCGCCGGAUGUGCGACCGGUGCGCAUCUCCCAUAUGACGCCCCACCAUAUGCCGCCCACAGCCGGUCAGCGUGCCGGACCUGGACCCGGUCCCGUUACACAGCAGCAACAGCCGCCCGUUGGCAGCGGCGUCAGCGCCUCAGCUCUGCUGCCCGCCCUCUCCGUCAACUUGAAGCGUCCGCCCUCCGAGGACGUCGACAUUGAGUCACAGCAGCAGCAAUCGCACGGGCCACCGCACGUUGGCGUCGGCGUCGGCGUCAGCGUUGCCGAUCUCGCUGCCGGCAGCAGCAGCGUCGGCGUCGGCCCCUCCAGCGUCAAGCGCAGCGCCCUCGAUGAUCCCAACGGCGUGCGGCCGCCCUUGACACGGGGCGAAUCGCUGCCCGCGGUCAGCUACGUGCCCGAGCGGCAGCUCAACUUGCGCGACAAGCAGCAGCCGGUGCGGGCGCCCAGCUUCGAUGCGUCGACCUUCAAGGCAGCCGAACACUUGUCUCCAGCCAGCCGUCGCAAUGGAUCGAGCCCACCAUCGGGGCCGAUGCCUCCGCGCAGUGUUCACUCGCCGAAUAGCUCGGGCUCUUCGUCGGGUCGCCGCUCGUCGGGCUCUCGCCAUGUAUCCAGCACAACGGUCACAAGCAGCGAAGUUGGCGGCUCGAAUUCAGUGCAGGCGGCCGCCGUUGCUGCUGGCUUGGGCGCUGGCAGCGGAGCUGGCGGCGUCGCCGGCUCGCUAGGCGGACCGGGCGGCCCGAGCAACUCACAGCUGAGCAGUUGCAGCAGCGCUGGCGCCGGCGGCGGUGGCGGCUCUGCGUCUGGCAAUGGCAACGCUGGACCCUCAUCGCUGCCACCUAAUCCGAACGCCGUUGCUGGCGAUGGCAGCGGCGGCAGCGGCGGUGGCGCCAUCGGACCGAGUGGCAGCAAUGGCAGCGGCGCCGUCAACGCCGGGCCGGGCAGUAGUGGCAGUCAGGGUGCGCCCGGCAUGAGCAGCAGCAGCAGCAGCAGCGGCGGCGGUAGCAGUGGCGGCAGCGCGGCUGGCAUUAGCGGUGCGCCUGGCAGCAGCGCAGCGCCAAAUUCAGCGGCUGCAGCAGCAGCGGCCGCAGCCCAGAAUGCGACGCUGAAGUGCACGCUCUGUCAGGAGCGACUCGAGGAUACGCACUUCGUCCAAUGCCCAUCGGUGAACAUCCACAAGUUCUGCUUUCCCUGCAGUCGUGAGAGCAUUAAGCGACAGAAUGGUCUGGGCAAUGAGGUGUAUUGCCCAAGUGGGGAACGAUGUCCGCUGGCCAAUUCCACCAUACCGUGGGCCUUCAUGCAGGGCGAAAUCACCACAAUAUUAGGCGAGGAGGUGAAGGUUAAAAAGGAGCGAGAAUCUUAAUGUCCAUUUUAUUGCAAAAAGCUGCGCAGAGCUUUGGAGCACUUUUGAGCCAGCCAGUGAACAGCGAACAGCGAACAGGGAACAGAAAGAGAGUGAGAGAGAGAGGAAGUUUAAUAUUGUUCGGCGAUCACCGGCUGCACACACACGCAACUCUCUUGACUCUGUCUCGCUCGCUCUCUAACAACAAUGCAUAUGUCUGUCUGUCGCCGACGGCAGCCGAAUGCCAAUUUUUACAUUGAGCGAGACAACAAAAGGAAGAAAACACAAAUUUUUUUUUCUGCGGCGGUCGCGACGCCGGCGUCGCAGCUACAACGGGCGAGCGCGCUCUGUCCAUGACGACCAACAACAACAACAACAACAUUUUUGUAGGCAUAAGCAACAAACGAAACAAAAACAAAAACAAAUGCAAUUUGUUUGAAAAAGAAAAAAAUAUUUGUACUUUUAAAGCAAACGAAAAAAGUAAACAAAACACCAAAACAAUUUGAAGAAGAGAGCGCAAAUGCAAGAUGGCAGACAUUUUGUAGCGCAAGCAAAGGAUUCUUUUUAGCCAAGUGAGGGAGAGAGAGAGAGAGAGAAAGAGAAGAAGAAGAAGGUGCAGCAAAGAGUAAAAUGAAUUAA